GACACGUCAACGAAGUUUCUGCGCAGACGCACUUCAGGCAGCGGCAGCAGUCGUAGCACAUAUUUGCGUCCGACAUGGAGACUUUAUACAGUAUACCGUUUGCUGUGUUGGAAUGCCCGAAUAUAAAACUGAAGAAGCCGUCAUGGCUGCACAUGCCGUCUGCUAUGACCGUGUACGCGGUCGUUAUUGUGUCCUACUUUCUCAUCACAGGAGGUAUCAUCUAUGAUGUUAUCGUGGAACCUCCCAGUGUGGGUUCAAUGACUGAUGAGCAUGGACACCAGCGGCCAGUUGCCUUUUUGGCGUACAGAGUGAAUGGCCAGUACAUCAUGGAAGGGCUGGCCUCCAGCUUCCUCUUCACCAUGGGAGGUCUGGGCUUCAUCAUCCUGGACCGCUCCAAUGCGCCAAACAUUCCCAAGCUCAACCGAUUCCUGCUGCUCUUCAUCGGGUUCGUCAGCGUUCUGCUCAGCUUCUUCAUGGCCCGAGUGUUCAUGCGCAUGAAGCUGCCGGGAUACCUCAUGGGUUAAAGACACAGCGUUUAAACCAACAGCUCUGGACGGAUGGACGGAGGCCUACAUGCAGUAAAACGAUGGAUACCGUCGAACCCUCAUUGAAUAAAUCAUGUAGGACUGAAAGCACUGACCUUGCUUAAGAAAUUAGACCAGGCUGCACCGACAGUCACAUUGUCUCCUCAGUGUUUUGCGACUUCCUUUCCCACCUUUUCUCAGUUACUGAAACUGAUGCAGAUGUGGCACCGUCACGUAAUUAUGAUAAACUCUGUCAUGUUUCUUCUUGAUAAACAUCCAGAAGCACUAUGAAGUCGGUGUCUCAAACACAGGGAGGGGGGAAGAGGAAGGAAAGGAAGUUCAACACUUUUUUGGAAUCACGAUUAGCGCUGAAUCAUUUAAAUGGACGUCUGAUGUUUAGGUUGUACGUUUUUGUAUAGACAUUGUUAAAAAAAAGAAAAACCUCAAACCUGUCACAGUUGCAUUUUUGUACAAGGCUGUGAAAUAAAUCUUUCUUUUCACACCUC